AUGCGCGAAGCUUUUGGCGACCAUGUUCGUCUACAAGGAUGAAGCGGCGUUUGACUCUGCUCAUUUGACUCCAGCCCAGCUGGUCGAAAGCGUUGACGGCGACGUCGAGGGCUACGUGGACGUGAUCCGCUACGCCAUCCUCCGACUCCCCAAGAAGAAGACGACAGCCACCUGUCCGUUUUUUUUUUCCUUGCGCAAGCAGGCAGAACGAGGGAACGCCAACUUCCGGUACUGGUAGAUUGGCCUGAGGGAGACCAUGCCGGUGACAGAGUUUGCCGGCAAAGGAUGGAGCGUCGACCCACGAGGAAAGGGGAGCAACGGCGACAAACUCACAAAGAAGAACUGCGUGCUUGACCUGUCCGAGUAUGCUUAGAUCGCCCGUGACCGAAAGACAGUCACGCUAGCGUGUGGUUGCAAUCCGAACACGGCCCUGUGCAACAGGUGCAGGUGCAAGAACAAGAAGUGCUCGCUCGCUUGCGGCUGCAGAAAUCGUUGCACCCUACGGCGGGCGGUGCCGGCACCCGUACGAGCAGGGGGGGGGUCUGCGUCACGGCCUACGGUGGGUGCUCCUCAAACGAGGCGGGUAGAGGGUACCUCCCGACCCCAACCGCCCACCGAGAGUCGAUCACGGCCAUCCUACAGUGUUGCCAAUGCCACGGCACUCUUUGCCGCCUCUAUGAGGCAGCAGGUAUCGCACGGAGCGGAACAGAACGACGUGGAGGCGGGAACCCCCGAGUCGCCUGUGAGCAACGACGUUUCCGCCGGCGAGGCCGCGGAAUCUAAGAACGCAGAGUUGGAGGACCCCGAGUCGGACGAGAAGUGCGACGGUUCGGUCGGUGCACUCGACGAUUUGAUCAAGUUGGAUUCGAGCGAAUCUGACACCAGCGAUGGGCAAUCUGACGGGGUGAGCGAGAAGAGCGUCGACUCCAACUGGUGUGGCGGAGACACAAAUGAUGGUGUUGCGGACCUCGUAACCGACGCCUGGAACUGACAUCUGGCUACUUCUUCAGGCAGGUCCGUCCGUGCUUUACUUUCGUUGGAUGCAUCCAUCCACGAAAUACGACGACCCCGGGGUACGAGAUAUCAGACGGACGAACUCAGCCUAAUACUGAAAAGCCGGCUAGGGCGCGCGUUUCCGCCCGCGGCGAAUUUUCGUUCCUAGUUGCGCACGUAGUUGCGCAGGGAGGUGGACCGGAGGGGGGGGUAUUAUUCUUCUGCCAAGCCGGGUGUCCGUUGUUUAUUGACAUGGUAUUUUGUUCUCCGCGUUUUUCCGGAAGACUGCCGGAUACCUAUUAUUGGGGUGCUGUGUGCGUUGGCCCAGUAUUGUGUGCGGUGUUCGUGUGUAAGUGAUUCCGGCGUUCUCGCCACACCCAACGCUCAGGGCGUCCUCAUGUACAUCGAG